AUGUCGUUCCGCGGCGAUGAUUCGCGCCGGUACGGCCAUGUGCCCCCGGCGCAAUACACCGUUCCCCCCUCCGGCCAACAAGAGCCCGUCGCAUAUCCUGCGCGGAGACCGAGUUUCGACAGGGGCGACGACUCCAGCCUAUUCGACCAAGCCGCGCCACGGCCCCAACCUCUCUAUACCGGGACGACCGGCAGGGGCGAGGAGGAGCUUUUCAUAAGCAGCCCAACUACAGACUCCCGCCCGCCCCAGAACCGUGCAAGCUACCUCCCUCAGAAUACCGCUGCCACUGGCUACCAACGCCAGUACACGGUUCAAGUCCCGCCGCCACCGCCAUCGCACUCGACCUACAACCCCCAGCACUUUGCUCGGUCACAGUCGACCUCUCUCCCGUACCACCCCAGUCCUAGCUCGAGGUAUACGCCCUCAAGCCCGACCUACCCUUCUCCCCCGACGAGCUACACUCCCCAGGCAUACAAUCCGGCAGCAUAUGCGAACACCGGCACUGCUGCCCCCCAAAGGCAUUCUACCGUUGCAGGGUACGGCAACUACAGUUAUGGCGGCUACACCUCACCUACCGCUCCUCCCGUCUCAACGGCCUACGCCGCCCCACCCUCUUCGACCUACAGUGGAUCGCAACCGACAUCAGCGACGACGCCUUCGGCUCCACAGCGAUAUGAGCCAGCACUCCACAGUCCGCAAUACCCUCCCUCCACAGUCUCACAACAGUACGAACCAUCACAGUCACAGUAUGAACCGACAUACUCGGCCGGGUACGGCGCCCGACAAUACUCAGGGUCCUAUGCUGCCAACGGCUCUAGCCCCGUCCCGAGCCCCUCCUAUUCCACGUCGAGUGCGCAAAUACCGUAUCCUGUGCAAUCCCAGAUUCCCGUUGGACCAAAUUACUCUUCAGAUCCGACCUCUUUUGCCAACCGAGCAUCCCGUUCCGGGUCGCAACCGUCGCCAGUGCCGUCGCCUCCAACCCGUAGCCAGGUCUCCCCACAGCUCCAGAGGCACCCAACCAACGCCCCGCUUCCCAGUCGCCCGAUGGACGAUUUGCCCGAAGAGCCCGACUGGAGGACAAAUGGCCAAGGUGAUACUGAUCUCCAACUGACCCAAGAGACUUUGAUUCAGGACAUUGUCUCGGAUUUGGGAGUAUUACCGCAUGGCCAGCGUCCCCUUCCCGCCAACGGCACCCCAGGUGACGGCUUCGAGAGUACGCGGAGCUAUGGGACUUCCUCGUUUGACAGGACGUCGAAUCAGGGGGUGAAUCGGUAUCCCUCUAACGCCUCCUCGGCCCUGAACAACAACGACAUUUCGACGACCUACAACUGGGAUUCCGAAGAGAGCGACCCCGAGGGUGCUGCCGGGCUUCUAGCGAUGCAGGAUGACAUGGAUGAUCGCAGGUUUGGCGGUUUGACCUUUCCGACGUAUAUGGAACCUCCCACAGCUCCAGCGGCUGCUCCAGCGGCAGCCCCAGCGGCAGCGCCGGACGUAUCCCAGCUCCCCCCGCCCACCGAAGAGCAAUCGAGCACGGACAGCGACUACGGUGGAAUGGAUCUCGGAAUGUAUGGUGGGGGAUACGCUGGCAACCUCCAAUAUGGGAACGAAGUCGGGUCUCCGCCGGCAACAGCAGCCGGUGACGCUCCACGGCCUCUGCCUAUUCCGCAGAGUCAGGCAGCAGAAUACCCGCCCUUCUCUCAAGUGUCGGUCGACUAUGGAGGCACUGGUGGCCUUCUUCCCCCUCAAAAUCACCGCUUGAGCUUUGAUGAUGGAGACGAGCAAGUGUCGGUCCACUCGAGGCAGAGCAGCGACUCGCCUUCCAAAGAGGACUACCCAUUCGACCAGAUGUUUUGGCACCCUGGCCUCUCGAACCGGCCUCUGCCGGCCCUUCCGCCCGAACCAGACAGUAGCUCCCGUCUUUCCGCCAAACCGUCGAGCAGGACCGCGUAUUCGCACAGCUACUCACUGAGCACCGACACCAGGCUGCCUUACCCUCCUGACGGUCACGAGAUGUACCCCGGUCAGAAUGCCGCCCAGCAGCACGUCGAAAGGUCGAUAUCUCUCCUGGAUCAUAGCAAGACGCCGCCCGUGCAAGCCCCAGCUCGGUCCAGGACAGAUGCAUCCGAGGAGCGCAAGCGAGCCAUGAAACACAUGUCACAACCGCAUCUGCAAGCCUACCAGCAGGGAUCGCCGUACGAGGGUUACGAGGCGGCGACGCCAUCAUCUCUAGCCGCCUAUGAUAUGAUUACUUUGCCCACCGGCAGACGGAAGAAGUUUGUGCCCUCAAAACUCACAGCUGCCGACAUCAAGCGUUGUGCCGAGCCAUGGGCCCUCAGCGGUAUAACCUCCUGGGUCCGCGAAAUGGCCGAGGGUGAACCGGAUCUGAAGAGGAAGACGAUUGAAGAAGGCGUCCUCAAGCUCUUCUGCUCAAAGGUUCCGACCAUGAACGUCGCCGACGCCGAGAUUCUGACCGCAAAGGUAGUUGAUUCCAUGUUUGCGGCUGGCAUUCUGAUUCCCGAGGAAGAAUGGGUCAAGUUCGGGUCAGGGGAGCUCUCGGGUGUGCUCUGGCAGCUAACCGGGUCGGGGUGCUAUGCGCCGAAGCUGCACGAGGACGAUGGAGCUGUGCCUAGACUGCAUGACCACGCCAUUCCGGUGAGGUGCUACUCAUACCACUGCGGUAGGACGCUCAAGAAAGUGAACCUGGAUAACAUGAUGUCUGAGGAGGACGUCGUGAUUCUGGACUGGGCGACUUUCCACGGCGUAACGAUGGAGGACAUUAAGAGCAAACCCAAGAAGGAGGUCGAGAGGCAAAACGUACUGCACGAGAUUGUCACUGGUGAGGAGGAUUACAUGAACCAGCUUGAUGUUCUGCGAUUGCUCUAUAGGGAUUGGCUCCGCGCCUGGCAGCCGCCCAUCAUCGCCGCGAACCGGAUGGACAAGUUUCUCGACGCUGUGUUCGGCAAAGUGGAUGCUGUGCAGCAGAUCAACAAGGAGCACCUGCUUGCCCAGCUCAAAUACCGGCAAAAGGAGCAGGGUCCCUGGAUCGUCGGCUUCAGCGACCUGUUCCGCGAAUGGAUUCGCAAAGCCAGGCCGAUCUACAUUGAGUACUGUUCCUCGUUCCCUUAUGCCUCGUAUCUGAUCCGGAAAGAGGCGGCUCGGAACCUGCUGUUCCGCCAGUUCUUGGAUGUCGUCCGUGAUCACAAGCGCUCAAAGCGUCUCGAGUGGACAACCUUUGUGAAGGCGCCCAUCACCCGGCUGCAAAGAUACGGUCUUCUCCUUGAAACGGUCAAAAAGAACAUGCCGGGAGAAAGUGAAGAGAAAACCAAUCUCGACAGGGCUCUUGAGGAGAUCAAGAAGGUCACCCAUGAGUGUGACGAGAAGGUUGCGGAGAUGACCAAGCAGGUUGAGCUGCUGGAGCUGCAGACGAUGCUAGUCCUGCGGCCUGGCUUCCAAUCCGUUUUGAAUCUCGAUCACCUCGGGCGAGAACUACUGAAACAAGGCGAGCUCCAGAGGCAGGGCUCGAAAGGCGUCCGUUGGGUAGACACACACGCUCUUCUUUUUGAUCACUACUUUAUCUUGGCGAAGGCUAUACCCUCCAAGGACGGGAGGAGCGAUAAGAAAUACGACGUUUCAAAAGAGCCCAUCCCAAUGCCGUUACUCUUCCUGGAGAGCAUGAACGACGACCCUGUGGCCAAGCAAAAGAGCUUAACUGCUCCCCUCACCCGGACGACUGCCGCAACGGGCUCGGGAACGCAGCUCAACAAGGUAGCUUCCAACGGAAACGAUCGCCCUGGGAUUGAGCACACAGGGACUAGCUCCUCCAUGGGCUCGCUAACAACCGUCUCUCGAUUGACAUCCUCGGCCCCUGAUGACGGCAAGAUCAUCUAUCCUUUCAAGAUAAAACAUCUCGGUCACGAGAUAUACACUCUCUAUGCAUCAUCGGCCCAAGAGCGUUCGGCUUGGUGCUCGGCCAUCAUCGAGGCCAAGACCAGGCACGCGCGAGCACUGCAUGCGCAGAAUGCCGAACCCUUCCGCCUACGCGUCAUUUCCGACGGCGCCUUCGCAUACGAUUCCACGUCGCCUCUAGGAAGGCAACCCAGCGUGUCUAUCAGGGGCACUCCGCUGGACAGGGCUAUCCGGGAGAUGGAGCACGUGUACGGCCCAGGCAGGGGCCCCCCGCCGGUGUGCAGGGCAACUGUAAACUGCGCCUGCACCUUUACAUCAUUUGGCAAGUCGAUUACUGCCAUCGGGACAGACUACGGUGUUUACAUCUCCGAGUCUGCCAAUCCCCGAGGAUGGACACGAUCCGUCCAGAUCAGCAAGGUCACGCAGAUCGCCGUCCUAGAGGAGUUUUCGGUCUGCCUUUUGAUUGCCGAUCGAUCACUGAUCUCGUACCCGCUCGACGUGGUGGCGCCUGUCUCAAACUUUCCGGCGCCGUCCCACGACAACCCUCGGCGGGCACCCCAACGACUGGCCAAGGACGUUGCCUUCUUUGCCACAGCCCGCAUGAAGGACCGGAUGCUCCUGUUCUACAAGCGAAAAGAGGGGAUGCACAACACCUUCAAGGUGCUCGAGCCCGUCUUCCAGAAAUCCACCGAGAAGAAAUCGAGGCUAUUUGGCGGCCGGCGCGGCGGCGGGAGUGGCACGACCGAGUCCUUCCGUGACUUUGACGAGUUCUACAUCCCCACCGAGUGCUUCUCACUGAACCUGUUCCAGACGUACAUCGCCGUGGCCACUGCCAAGGGUUUUGAACUGCUGACUCUCGAUAAGAAGGUGACACAAUCGAUCCCUCGCGACUUGGGCCUGCCGGCGAUCGCCAACAUUGCGUCGCGCAUCAAGGAGCCGCAUCCCUUGGGCAUGUUCAAGCUUAACGACCAGGAGUUUCUGCUAACCUACGAGGACUGCGCCGUCUACGUGGACAAGCACGGCGAGAUCAGCCGGACCCUCAUCAUGGAGUACUCGGGCAAGCAGAAGAAGGCGCGCGCCGCCACCAUGUAUGGCCAGUACCUGCUGCUCUUCAACGAGGACUACGUCGAGGUCCGCAACGCCGAGAACGGCAGGCUCAGGCAGAUCAUUGCCGGCAGGGAUGUGCGCUGCCUGGACUACGGGUUUAGAGGGCCUACGGGCAGCGUCAGCACCAGUGGGCCCGGCGCGGCGUCCCUGCAGCCCCCGCCGCAGCCGGACUCCAAGGGGACAGUCAAGAUUUGCAUGAGUCACCCGGAGGUGCCCGGCGGCCAGAUCGUGCUGGAGAUGUUGCUCAAUGAUGGCCAUACGGAGAAAUCUUAG